GUGGGGGAGGCGAGGGGUCAGCAGUCUGUAGAGUCUGGCUCCUGGCUGGCGAUGCUGAGCUCGGUGCACCGCUGACCACGAUCCCGGAGCUUGGAAAGGACAAAGGACGAGUGGAAGACGACAGGAAGUGGGAGCAGGACUAUGCUGACGUCAAGAUGCUGAGCGUGGUGGUCAACAUCCAAUAUGGGCGUUCGGCUGCUGCUAGCUGGCCUGGUCGCCGCGCUCUUCGCAGUGCCCCGAGUGCUGUGUGACGAGUACGAGUACCGACUGGUGCGGGACCUGCUCAUGGGCUACGACAAGCGUGUGCGACCCUCACGUAACCACUCCGAGGCUCUCAACGUGACCUUCGGCCUCGCUCUGGCACAGAUCAUCGACGUGGAUAUGAAGAACCAGGUGAUCACAACCAACUGCUGGCUUAACCAGAUUUGGACAGACUUUGGCCUCCAAUGGGAUCCUGACAAGUAUGGCGGCAUCAAAGUCAUCCGCCUUCCACAUGAUGAGGUGUGGCGACCUGACAUUCUCCUGUACAACAACGCUGACGUGUCGUCGUUCUUCUCGUCGAUCAGCACUAACGUCAUCGUGACUGCAGACGGCAAUGUGACUUGGCUGUCCAUGGUCAUCUUCAAGUCCUCUUGCCCUAUCGAUGUGCGUUACUUCCCCUUCGACGUCCAGAACUGCUCCAUGCUCUUCGCGUCGUGGACCUACGACGGGUUCAACAUCAACCUCAUCAUCAACUCCCCGGAGGGCGACAUCUCCAACUACACCAACAGCGAGUGGCAGCUGGUGUACUUGCGGGUGGAACGAAAUGUCAAGGUGUACUCGUGCUGCGCCGAGCCGUACCCGGACAUCACCUGCCACAUCCUCAUCAGACGGCGGCCGCUCUUCUACAUCUUCAACAUGAUCCUGCCCUGCAUCCUCAUCACGCUGGUGGCGCUGCUCGGCUUCUACAUCCCCAGCGACUCGGGUGAGAAGGUCACCAUGGGCAUCACCACGCUGUUGUCCAUGACGGUCUUCAUGAUGCUGGUGACUGAGAACAUGCCCCCGACCUCUGAUGUCCCGCUCAUAGGCAUCUACUACGGGAUGACAAUCUUCAUUGUCUCCUUCGCUACUGGUAUGACCGUCUUCACCCUCAACAUUCACCACAAAGGCGUGCGCGGCAAGGAAGUGCCUGCAGUCGUCAAGAUGAUCUGCUUCCGCUUCUUGGCCAGGAUCUUUUGCAUCCGCGUCGAGAGUUCAAUGCCAGAGGGGCCAUCUGUGGUGAGUAGCCUUCCCAUGAAGGCAAAUUACUUCCCUUCUCUACCCGUCUUCCCUUAUUUAUCACGAAUGGCUUGCGCUUGCUUUCAGCUCUUCGUAGCUUUCGCAAAACAUUUACAGAAAGACAGACAGCCAGGCAAGUCAUGGUGCUCUGCUUGGACUCUCAGAAUAGAACAUGGGGAAGAUUGGGUGAGAGUGGAACUUAGUGUACUUUGUAAAGGGGCGAUGCCAUGGAAAUUUUGUGUGUUUUCUUUUAAUUAUAUCCAUAAAAGGAAGCCUUUUUUCAUUUGUACAAAGUUCUGUUUUGUCGAGCAGCUAUGCAGAUUCUCAUGUUUGCUGUUCCAGGACCACAAGCAGCCGUCGGAGCAUCUCAACAUGUCGCGACUGGACGUCAAGUUGGAGACCGAAACCUCACACUCCUCCCCAGGGGCAACCGGGGAGAUGGUGUCCGGUCUACAGCGCAUGCGCCAGUCCAUCAACAAUGUUUCCUCGCCUCCUUCGGGCGGUGGGAGCGGCAGCCUGGGUCAAGGCGACCCUUUCGAGCUGCAGUUUUCCCGCGUGUUGCAGCGAGUGAACCAGACGAUCGAGAGAAACGAGAUUCGCCUGAUGGAGCAGGACAAGCGUGAAGUCAUCAAGCUCGAGUGGCAGCAGGUGGCGUUGAUUGCUGACAGAGUUCUGCUCGUAUGCUUCGUCACUGCCACUGUCACCAUCACUGGCGUGGUCCUCUUCCAGUCUCCACCUUCCGCCAAAGUGUGACCCGGGAAUGCAGUUCGUCCAGACUGAUGCUGUGUCCUCCACGGUGAUUUUUGUGGGGGGAUGGGAUUAUUUUUUGUCCAGCAAGGGCAAACAAAUCAUCCAGACUACCGACAGAAUUAUCAGUUUUGAAAAGGAUACUUCCGUUGCGGUGUGCGCGUCCUGGCAGGACGACCUGUGAUGCGGACUUCGCAAAACCACACGACCUUAUCGCACUCGCUUGUUGCUUGUGUACGGAGAUAUGCACGCGUUCGCUAGUGUGAAUGGAACAGACUUUUAUUAAAAAGCUUCGUCACAUUCAUAGGGAUUUUCUGGGACCACACCUCUCAGCCUGUCUUCUUGAAAAAGCUGUCUACACACGCUGCCCAUCUCUCCACGUUUCCAGUGAAGGUUCAAUCUUGCUCUGUUCUGGAAAGCCAGAAAGGUGUUUUUCUGUUUCUCCUUUAAGACGAAAACUACAAUAAACUUGUUUAUAGUGGUGACGAGGAUGUAUAUUUCCCCACCACCAAUACCACGGUAUGUAAAUAUAGGUUUUUAGUUGAGUACACACUUCUUUUAGUUUUUUAAAGACCCGUCCGACUGGGUUUAUUUCUAAGAUAGUAAUCUGAGCGAAUAGUCCCCUCGUCGGUCGCUUUGAGACGCAACUCUUGAAAAACUGACAUUCUGACCCGCGAAUACAAAUUGAUUAAAUCUGAGAGGUUGUGCUGGAAUACGAACGUGUCUAAUUAACUCCCCUCAGUUUUUGAUCUCCCUUUCGCCGUUGUCAUGACGAGGAAACUGUAUCCAUGUUUCCAACCUGAAUCAUGAAUCGGAUUUCUGGUUGAAGUUUCUUUUAUGAAAUGAAGGGGUGAUGGGAGGGUUAUCUUCUCAGAGUUUUAAAUUAGUGUCUUGAAAUGAAAUAUUUUCUAUUUUUUAAAAGAACAGCUCGGAGUAGUCCACAUCGCUACUCAUGUCCAAAUCGUUGGAAUAAAGCUGUACACCCACAAUCUCGCCUCUACACACGCACGUACAGACAUUCAAAAUCCAUUCAUUUCAUAUUAAGGGUAUUAUUGUGUAGUUAGGUUUAAUGUUGUUAAAUUGGUAUAAAUUAUUAAACUCAUAGGCACAUGUCACCAGAUCAGCAUCACCCUCACAACUACUGCUGCUAGACGACGAUAAAGAAAGCGAGAACAGAAGAGAAAAUUAAAUUUUGAAGACAAGGUGUCAGUUCUGUGAGUAUUUGUCAGGUGUUGUUCUGGUUCCAUUCGAUGACUGAAUCAUGAUGGCUACAAAAUGUGACUUUCCAGAGUAAAGACAAUCUUGGCAUACUCUUCACAUCCCAAUCUCUCUCCAAGGACCAAAGUAGCAUACACUACUGAUAUUGCAGGUUUACUAUUAUCAGUAUUUUUCAAUCCAAUGCCUUUCAUUUGCCAUUUCAUGCUUGUAUUGUAAGGUUGUAAUCUUCCUCCUCUGGCUUUUGACUUUCUCCUUUUCAUCUUUCUUCUGUUCUAGACUUCCUUCUGUUUGGUCUUCUCUGGCGUAGAACUCAAGUCUCCGUUGUUUACAAGCUUGUACACCUGUCCACCAACACCUGAAGAUGCAGUAAAUUUCCCUUGUCUCUUAUUACUGUGAGGUUGGGGGGAGAGAGAGAGAUUCUUCUAGUCCUGCGCAUGCGCACUGUGAACUCCUGUGUGCGCAUCACUGACUUCCGCCACAGUUUUCUCCCGCCCACACCGCAGUUUACAGAUGAAUGCCUCUUUCUCUCCUGGAAUCGCGUUGUGGCGGAUUCUGGACAGGAUGAUCGAUUCCAACUGUUGCUUCUGUACAUGUGGUCCUUCUGGAACUCGCCGCCGCCUCGUUGGCUCAUCGCCUGCACGUCUCCCUCAUCGUAGGGUUCGAAACUAGCCAUUGUCUACACUACAUUUCCUGAUGGUCGGGGUCUCAUGCACAUGUUUGAGCAUGUUUAACAGUAAUGCCUGCUCGCUGUAUGAUGUUUACAAGUCAGAUGAUGCACACCUCAUGUUUAAAAGUAAUGCAUUUCCCCCUUUUAUUUAUGAAAAUGUAUUGUCCAUGUCACAGGCUUGAAAUACGUUCGAAGAGAGAACAAGUAAACAAUUAUUUUUGCCACAGUUUUCAUUCACCAUCUAUUCUCAAGUUAUUACGUUUCAGUCUAUAUCGUCUGUCUACAUAUUUAUGUCUGGUUUUU